AUGACAACGGAUAGGAGACAUUCAGAGUUCGCAAUUAACACAGAAUUAUUUCAAAAAGAAUCAAGACCUAGCAGCGCUGCUUUUAGCACUGAUCAGCUUGCCGAUCAAAAUGCCUACAAAAAAGAUAAAUUUUGCUCAAUCUGCGGUCAAUUAUUUUUAUAUGGUCUUAAUCAAAAACUUACUUGCCAAGUUUGUUUCAGAGGUGUAUGUGGUAAAUGCUCUGUGCAGCAAAAAUCGUCAGAAGAAAGCAGUGAAUUAGUAAGGGUUUGCAACAAUUGCUGCAGUAAAAAUCUUCAAGCACAAGUAAAUGAGCAAUUUAAUAGUCAACUUAUAAUUCUUAGAGAAGAAGUCGAUGCUCUUUCGCAAAAACUAAGCAUUGCGACCGAGGAAACCAAAAUUGAGUCAGAUCUAAAGCGUCAAGUAAAAGAACACUACAAAAAGCAGCUUGAAGAUACAACACGAGAAGAAAUGGAGAUAAAAAAUGCUAUGGAAAAUUUUAAGCAAAAUAACAUUAAACUAGAUUUACAGUCAACUCAAAUGGAAAAAAAGAUUGAAAGAAUGAUAGAAGAAUCAAAAAACAAAGAUUUACUAAUUACAGCAGUUAAAGAGCAGAGUGAAGAAAUCCAAAUCCAAAUAGGCAAAAAUCAAGAACAAGCUGAAAGCUUAAAGCAGACUAUAAAUGAUCAAAAAUCUGAAAACGAUAAAAUUGCUGAAGAAGUCAAAAGAGUAGAAGAAGGAAAGGCUAACAGUAAAGACAUACAAAUAGAGCUGAAAAAUUCAAAUGAAAUGGAGUUAGCUCUAAAAUUAAGCAGGAUAAGAGAAAAAAUUGAUGAAAAGAAAGAAGAGAUUAGCCAAUUUUAUCGAAGGCUGAUGGAAAGCAGAGAUGGAGAAAUUUUGAAACAAGAAAAUAUUGGGAUAUUGGAAAAAAUUAUUGAAUUUUUAGAGGAUAAAAAAGGAUAUAAGUCUUUGGAAUCGAGCCAUAUUAUAGAGCAGCUGAAAAACCAAACAUAUGAAAUUUUACAGUUGAAGUCUAAUUAUUUGAGAUUAAAACAUGAAACUGAAAGAAUGGCUGAAAAAAAAGAGAAAAAGAAAAAUGAAGCAAUGACAAGCAAUCCAUGUAACUGUGCAAUUCAAUAA